GCUUCAAACACCCUCUGGCGCUGAGAGGUAUCCUGAUUUGUGGAUUACUGGAUGGAAAUGUCUGACGCGGUCAAACCUCUGACCUCCUUCCUCAUAGAGGACAUCCUCUCCAUUAAGGACAGCACAGGAUUUAAUGGCAAAUGCCGUUCACAGAAGGUGGAGAGAUGUUCACAGUGGGAAGAAGAAUCUGAAAUGUGGACGGAGCAACUUUGCCCUCAGGAGACGGUGUUUGGAGUGCAGACAGAGUCUCUGGACACAUCCUGUCCCAGCACCUCAGAGUCCAGCAGUUAUUCCUCCAUGGGGAAACAGAAGCGCUCCAGAGCUGCAUUCACACACCUACAAGUGCUCGAACUGGAGAAGAAGUUUAACCACCAGAAAUAUCUGUCCGCCCCAGAGAGGGCUCACCUGGCCAGCACCUUAAGACUCACAGAGACUCAAGUGAAAAUCUGGUUUCAGAACCGGAGGUACAAGACGAAACGAAAACAGCAGACGUCAGAGUUCUGUAAGGACGUGUACAAAGCAGAGGGACUGGGUCUGAGAGACGAUUUGGUCCGAUCGUCACUAAUCACCUCUUUCUACAAAGCUUACCAGUACAGACCCUACCUAUGGGACUACAGUGGCCCCUGGGGGACGACGUUAUGGUGAAAUGAUGUGUGAAGCAUAAACAUGUUUAGUAUUCCUGAUAUUUAGGCUCUAAGUUCACUGUCAAAACUGAUUCUUUGUUAUUUGAUUUUGAACCAGUGUGUACUUUUAACCGCGUGUCAUCUAAAAUGAUUUUGUUCUUAAACACAUACUGUCAUUUUUCAUGCUUUAAAAGAUGCACAA